GUGGAGUUUCCCUAUAGUGUUGUUAAGACAUGGAAUCAUGUUUUGCUUUCUUCAUUCUCUUCUCACUUGUCCUGUUUGCUACAACUAUAGAUGCAAGAAAAGACCCUGGUGAAUAUUGGCAAGGCAUAAUGAAAGAUCAGCCAAUGCCCGAAGCAAUUCAAGGCCUCGUCUAUAAGGGUUCACUAGUGUUGCCUCUCUCCAACAAGAAAACCGACUGUCACACGUCAUCCGAGGUCAGAAACGUCAAUGCUCAUGAUCAUAUUGUCAAGGAUUCUGAACAUGCAAAAGAGCAGCCAUUUGUUAAGGACUUCAAUCCACAACCAAGUGCCACAGUCUAUCGCGAUGACACUAAACUUUCAGCUUUUGUUAAGGACUUUGAUCCACAGCCAAGUACCACAGUUUACCGCGAUGACACUAAACUUUCAGCUUUUGUUAAGGACUUUGAACCACAAACAAGUGUCAAAGUCUACCGCGAUGACACUAAACUUUCAGCUUUUGUUAAGGACUUUGAACCACAACCAAGUGUCACAAUCUACCGCGAUGACACUAAACUUUCAACUUUUGUUAGGGAUUUUGAUCCACAACCAAGUGCCACAGUCUACCGUAAUGAUGAUAAGCUCACAGAAGAGAAAUCUUUUGUGAAAACUUUGAGCAUAAGCUAGGGAGAGCCAGCUGAGGCUAAUGUAACUAUCGUUCUCUACUUCAUUUACGCUAUGUAAUAAGUAGAUGAUCUAUUAUAUAUGUUUGUAUGCAUCUAUUGUGAAGUGUGUGAUGAUGUUCAUUUGGCUUGAAUAAAAGGAGUCUGCUGCUUUUCUCUUGUUUGUAAAUAA